AUGAGAAAUGCCAAAAAAAAAAAUAGGAUUAGGAAAAAGAAAAUGAAUGAAGUAAAAAUGAGUUUAAUAGAUUUAGGAAUAUUUGUAAGUUAAAGAUAUAGCUGAAGAUAAAGUUAAGAUUGAUAAACUCAUAUAAUGA